UAGAUCAGCUGUUGUUGAUUAUACUUUACACUCGUAGUCUCGUUGAGUGAUGUGAUUUUACAAAUAAAUACACUUUUGAUCGACAUUUUUAAUACAUAACUGAGAUUUCUACUUUAUAUCUCGCAGUUUUUUUUACUACUAGAAAGGAAAGACAGUUGAUCAAAAUGCCAGAAACGGAGGAAGAAGUAGGUAUGUCAGUUCGUCUGACGAACGAUGACUUCCGAAAACUCCUGAUGACUCCGAGAGCGUCAGUGCCCUCAGCCACCCCAGCAUCUGUACCAGGUACAGCGAGAGAUGCCAGUGCAAAGACCGCCCAGACUCCUCAGGUUAGCGGGGGUAGUCGGGCGGAGUUGCGAAGAAAGAAGAAGAGCUUCUACGCAAAGCUGAAAAAGCAGGAGGAGGAUAAGAUGGCAGAGCUUGCUGAAAAAUACAGAGACCGUGCAAGGGAGCGUAGGGAUGGCACCAAUCAGGAUUAUCAGGCAGAAGAUCCCAUGAACAGUGCCAGUGCUUACAGAGCUGUUGCGCCGGAUCUAAAGUCUGGUAUGGAUGCUGCUGAGCGUAGGAGGCAGAUGAUCCAGCAGUCGAAAUUCUUGGGUGGUGACAUGGAGCAUACUCACUUGGUCAAAGGCUUGGACUAUGCUUUGCUACAAAAGGUACGCAGCGAGAUUGAGGCGAAAGAACACGAGCAAGAGCAGGAAAUGGAGAAGUUGGUAAAACCGAAGGAGAAGAUAAAGAAGCCGGAACCAGAGAAGAAAGACGACGAGAUGCAGUUCAAGACGAAAAUGGGCCGGAGCUUAUACAAAACUGUCAUGAUCAUGAAGUCGAAGCAGAUCGAGAGGAACGAGCUGUUCACACCGGGUCGCAUGGCGUACGUAAUCGAGCUGGACGACGAGAACGCCGACGUGGAUAUACCGACGACGUUGAUUAGGAGCAAGGCGGAUGUGCCGACGAUUGAUAACACGCCGACUCUCACGACCAACGAUAUAGUGAUCAACAAGCUAGCGCAAAUUCUGUCAUAUCUGCGCCAAGGUACGCCGACACAGUAAGAAGGCAAGAAGCUGAAAGACGGGCGCGCGCGCGGCGACGAGGGGAACGAUAUAGACAUACAGCCGCGGCCGCCGGUCGCCGAUGACAGUAUCUACGGCGACAUCGGCGAUUACAUGCCGGCGGUGGCGAGCAAGAAGGACGGGCAUUCGCGCGAGAAGAAGAAGGGCUCGUACUUUGACAAGCCCGAGACGAAUUUGGAUACCGACGACAAGGCGAACGCGCCACAAUUGCCGAACGUGCUGCAACCGAGCGCGACCGUCGUAGCGGAUAGCAGCGUGCCGAAGAAGGGUGCCCUGCUGAACAAACUGGCGGCCGAGCCGGAAGGCUACGCCGAGUGUUAUCCGGGCCUGGACGAGAUGCAGGACGCUAUCGACGACUCGGACGACGAAGUGGAUUACACGAAGAUGGAUCUGGGCAACAAGAAGGGUCCGAUUGGCCGCUGGGACUUCGACACGCCCGAGGAGUACAGCGAGUACAUGAACAACAAGGAGGCGCUGCCGAAGGCGGCAUUCCAGUACGGCGUGAAAAUGGCCGACGGCAGGCGCACCAGGAAGUACAACAAAGAGAAGAAUGAGAAGGCGGAGCUCGACCGCGAGUGGCAGAAGAUCCAGAACAUCAUGAAUAAGAGGAAACCGACGACGGCGAUCGACGGCGCGUCCGAAUUUAAAGUGCCGCGAUAUUGAACUGCCGACUUGCUACUGUCGAUUCACGUGCCGAUCUUUUCGACUGUACUUUGCGGAUGAAAGAACUUGAAGGAUGUGCGAUAAGUAUACUUUUAACUAUCUUCUAUAACGUUCAAGGGAAAAUCGCUCCUCGUCAGAAGCGACAAACUGAUACAUUUUUUCCUAUGAUAGAUAAACUUUUAUCACAUUAAAUCUUUCAGUAAAUUCUUAGAGCAAACAAAGCAAAUUAGCUGAAGUUAUAUCGAAUAAGUUGUACAUGUUGUAUUAUAGACGUAAAAAGAUAAUAUUAAUCUAAUACAAUUAGUUUUUUGAAAUAUUUUUUCUU